AUGUCGGGAUUGAAUAUCAACCAUCAAAUGGAUCUUAACUAUGACGAUGAUUUCGCACCAUCACCCCCUCUCCCUGAAGGACAACGACCACAAGUAGCAGCAGCAGUACCACCACCACCAUCACAAGCAGCAGCAGUAGCAGCACCACCACCACUACCACCACAAGUAGCAGCAGCACCACCACCACCACUACCACAAGUAGCACCACCACUACCACCACCACUACCACAAGUAGCAUCACCACCACUACAAGUAGCAGCAGCACCACCACCACCACUACCACAAGUAGCACCACCACUACCGCCUGAGAGGCAGCAGCCAGAGCGUCAACCUCUACAGCAGCAGCCACCGCUUGGAGGGCAGCAGCCGGAUCCCCAUCCCCAGCAGCGACAACUACAGCCACAGCCUCGAGGCCCACUUCAAGCGAAUGAAAUUCCUCGGCUCAUCCAUUUGUUGGAGAGGCCGGUAGAUCAAAAUGAUCAUGGAGAAAAUCAGCGAGGCAAUCAAAGAGGUAGAAGAGUGAAUCAGAGACGUGGAGGAGGGAAUCAUGAAGGAAUGGUGGGGAAUCAGAGAGGUAGGGGAGUGAAUGCCGGUGGACGAGGAAGGGAUGGCGGUCAUCGAGGAGGGUAUCUAGGACGUGCAGACGUGAAUGUGCGAGGAAGGAGAGGGAAUGGAGGAGGUGGAGGAUGGAAUCAAGGUGGUGGCAAUCGGAGAGGCAGACGAGAUGAUGGGAGAGGAAGAGCUGGACAUUAUCUCGAACGUCGCAAUGCUAAAUAUUGGAGAAGUAAAUAUCUUCAGAUGAAGAACAAUCCACCUCGAGAAGGAAGCGGUGUUGGUCCAAGCUUCCAUUAUUAUGUGAACAAUAACUGA